CGAAGAAAUCGAAUCAGCUGCUUCUGGGCGGAGCUCUUCAAAAAGCGGAUGUAGAUACAUUUCACCAACAAAAAUAAUAACUCACCAAUUUUUCUGCCGUCUAUUUUCGUUUGAUUAUCUCGCAUUGGUAGCAAGUUGAGAGCGUGAGUAUGGAGGAGACAAGUCGUGAGGCAGUUGCCACGGCUGUGCAGCGUGUGGCAGGGAUGUUGCAGAGAUCUGAUCAGCUGGACAAAGUGGAGCAGUACAGAAGAAGGGAAGCCAGGAAAAAAGCGUCUGUGGAAGCCAGACUGAAGGCUGCCAUCCAGUCCCAGUUGGAUGGAGUGCGAACUGGCUUAACUCAGCUGCACACUGCUCUGGUGGAUGUCAAGGACAUCCGGGGUUCCCUGGCUGAUGUGAACAAAGACUGGAGACAAAGCAUCAACACCAUUGAGAACCUGAAAGACGUCAAGGAUGCAGUUGUUCAACACAGUCAGCUUGCCUCUGCUGUAGAAAACCUGAAAAAUAUUUUCUCAGUACCUGAGAUUGCAGCAGAGACCCAGCAGCUGAUUGAGCAGGGGGAACUUCUGCAGGCACACCGGAAACUGAUGGAGCUGGAGUGCUCACGAGAUGACCUCAUGUACGAGCAGUAUCGCAUGGACAGCAAAAACACUAGUGACAUGAACCUCAUUUCCAUCUACUUUGAAGAUGUUAAAUGUCUGUCAGAAGAGCUAGCAAAACAGUUAUGGAUGGUACUGCAGAGGUCCAUGGUGACAGUUCGUCGAGAUCCCACUAUGCUGGUGUCAGUUGUUCGCAUCAUUGAGCGUGAGGAGAAGAUUGAUCGCCGCAUGGUGGAUCGGAAAAAACAGUCCGGCUUCAUCCCGAGUGGAAGACCAAAACGAUGGAAGGAAGAAAUGUUUAAGGUGCUGGAGCGUACCGUCAGUGCAAGAAUUGAAGGAACUCAGGCACUGACACGGGAGGCAGAUAAAAUGUGGCUCGUUCGACUUCUGGAAAUAACCAGGAAAUACGUUGUUGAUGACCUAAUUGUUGUCAAGAACCUUAUGGUUCAGUGCUUCCCGCCACAUUACGACACAUUCAACAGGUUUUUCCGUCUCUACCAUAAUGCGGUGUCCAGUCGAGUCACAGAACUGGCCUCUGAUGACCUGGAAUCCAAUGAGAUUGUGUCCUUGCUAACAUGGGUUCUCAACACUUAUAAAAGCACUGAGAUGAUGGGUCAUCCAGAGAUUUGCUCAGAGUGUGAUAUCAACCAACUGGAUCCCCUCCUGCCUCAAGAAGUGGUGGAUGAACUUCUCAGCAAAUACAUUCAGACGUUCAAGUCUAAUAUCACCGGAUGGCUGAGGAAAGCUCUGGACACAGAUAAGAAAGACUGGCAGAAAGAAACAGAACCUGAAGCUGAUCAGGAUGGGUACUAUCAGACAACACUACCGGCCAUUGUCUUCCAGAUGUUUGAGCAGAAUCUGCAAGUUGCUGCACAGAUUGAUGCUAAUUUUAGGGAGCAGGUGUUGAAACUCUGUUUGAAGCAGAUGAACACAUUCCUCGUCAGAUACCGAGAGGAGGCUGUGAUGUACAAAGAGGAUCAUCUGAGGGACCGACAGCUCCCUCAGUGUUAUGUGCAGUAUAUGAUUGCCAUCAUUAAUAACUGCCAAACAUUUAAGGAAUCCAUCAACAGCUUGAAGAGGAAGUAUUCUCAGUCCUGUGAGACUUAUGAGAGUGAUGUUGCCAUGGAGAGGACUCUCAAUGAUGUGGCCAAGGAAGGGUGCCAGUUUUUACUUGACGAAGUGUUCCUGGAUUUGGAGCACCAUCUGAAUGAGCUGUUGACCAGAAAGUGGCUUGGUGGGUCUCACGCUGUGGACACCAUCUGUGUGACUGUGGAGGACUAUUUCAAUGACUUCAACAAGAUCAAGAAGCCGUUCAACCAGGAGAUGACGAGUGACGCCCUGCGCAGGGUGGUGGUGGAGUACCUUAAAGCGGUCAUGCAGAAGCGGAUCACGUUCAAGAAUGCCGACGAGCGCAGGGAUGGAGCUGAGAGGAUGAUUAAGGAGGCUGAUCAGUUCAAGUUCCUCUUCCGAAAACUGUCUGCAGGUGAUGACACAGACCGUCUGUGUGGUGCCAUUGCUGCUGUCGCUGAAGUCUUCAAGCUGACAGACCCAACUCUGCUCUUCCUGGAGGUCACCACGCUGGUGUCCAAGUACCCGGACAUCAGGGAGGAUCACAUCCAGGCCAUACUGGCAGUCCGUGGAGACGCCAGCCGCGAAAUGCGUCAAAUGAUCAUUGGAACUCUGAACGAGAACAAAGUCUCCUACUCUGGCAUUACCCCGGCAAUCUUCAAAGACAUCAAUGUGCCAACCAUCACCAUGACGACUAUGACUUCCAUGGCAACAGCCAAACUACUAAAAUAAAGCCUCGCUCAAUAUUUAGACAUGCACUUUUCUCAAGCCACUUGACCCAAUGUCCGUGUAGUUCCUUCACCAUCUUUUGUAUUCCCCAUUGUUCAGCUAACAAUAAUGCUAAUUUCUAAUUGUGUAAUUGAUAUUUGUAUAUGUAUUCAUGUAUAUUUCUGAAUACAAGGAGAAGCAUCCACUAAAAAGUAAUGCUAUGGUCAUGAGGAACGUUAGUGCCAAAAUAAAAAUACAAAAUUAAUAAUAAGUGAAAUGUGACAAUAACUGAAUAAAAAUCUCA